AUGGGCAAGCCAGGGGGUUCUCAGAGUGAGCAGAACAGGUCAGGGGAGGACUUUCUGGUUGGCUCACAGCUCUGCUGUACCUCUGUGUCCCGCCUUAACGCUGAGAGCCGACCAUUCACAACACACCCAGAAGCCUUUUACCAGUUGACUGACAUCAGAGCCACCCAAUCAGUUCCAUUGAGCUCCCCCAGAAUAGUUUCUCAUAGGAAGUCUGGUGCGAGGGGCAGGUUGGAACCCUCCUGUAGCUCUGGGUCCCAGACUGGCCCUUUAGAUGAUACUGAGGGAGAGGGGUGAGGGCUGGGACAGAGCAGUUGCCCCAUUCUCCUGUUCUGUCCUACACCCCUCAUCUACUUGCCACUACUAAUGUUAGGUCACGUCUGACUAGAGAGGGACCGUCAAUGCUGGAGGCAGAGAAGCAGCAGCAACAGGGCAGUGUGGAGCCAUCGGGAGAGUCAUUGCAGCAGGAAGAUCUGGCCCCUGGUUCUCCUCUUCUCUCCCUGAGAAUGCCAGGUGUCUCCCACAUCACUUGGGAGCAGGAGGAGGUGGAGGAGGAGAGAUGGGGAAUCUCGACAGAGCUCCAGGUCCAGCCAGUAGCCACCAAUGCCUAUCCAGCCCCACAAAGGCUCAGCAAGAGAGAAAAGAACCGGCUGAAGAGCCAGAGGAGGAAACAGAGGAAUGAAGAGUGCUGUCUCCACUCUCAGGAACAGGUGAGAAUUGGUAAUGGCCUCAAUUGAGAUUGGCAAGUUACUGACAGGUAGAGAGAUAAGUGCCGGUAAGAAAGACAGAAUAAGGGAGUUAUGUGUGUAAUGGUAAGUCAAUCAUUCAUACAGGUUAGUUUGUCCAGUAUUUUAGUCCCAUUGCACUUUUGUGAGAUUAUUCUUGACCAUUAUGUUGAGCUGCCCAGAAGACCAUGUGGUUGUUAUUCUGACACUGUUUACCACAAGCAGUAACAUGUAUGACACACAUUUCCCGACCUUACUUUGACCGUGUCUGGAAAGGGGCAAAGUUACACCUUACCUUUGAUAAUGUUGUCGCCCAUCAGCUAAGCAAACACAAGCAAGAAGAUUAGUGAGUUGGAUGUUGCCCUCCAGUUGGGUGACUACAUUUCCCUGUGUUGUCAGCAGUAACAGAGAGAUUGUUGGUUGACAGUGUCCAGUGUGGACCUACAUUUACAUUACAUUUGAGUCAUUUAGCAGACACUCUUAUCCAGAGGGACUUACAGUACUGUGCAGUGUGGACUACAGGUACUACUCUGGUUCUAGUCUGACUGACCGUAGAAAAGAACAACACCAAUGCCUUCUCUUGCGGAGGUACCCAGGUUCAAGUCACCAUACGUGGCUUCUGUAAGAUUCUUCAGCCGGUGGCCGUGAAGGGUAUCUUUGAGGUUUGUCUCACUGCUUUAUUGGUGCAGAGCUUGCACUAUAUUUGGUGCUCAUGUAUAAUCUGUAGUAUAAAUAUGCCCUGCUGUGGUGUGUGAUACACACGUGCACUGCACGUACCAAUGAAAAACAUGUUAUGCAAUGGUAAGGGAGACGUCUGUACUAGUGGUUGAUUGUUGUGCUUUGAUAAAGUCGCUAUUUUUGUUCCAAGAGGAGUUCAAUUGUUUUUGGUUGAUUGCUGUUAAGCUCAAGCCCUUCCACAAACUACUCUAUUCAUGUUUGCAGUCUGUCUCUGUGAUAUGGGUAUUUGAAUUGGGAUGACUAGGGCAUGUCAAAAAGCCCUCAGUUCUGCCCAAAUGAAAGACUCUAUUGCCUGUGAGUGUUCUCUCACAAUGACACUCGACGGACUGAUUGGAGUGCUCUCAUAUCAUAUGUGAACAUCAUGUGCAAAGGAACAAAGAUAUGUUAAUGUCCCCUCCCCUUCCAAAAUUCAAAAGAUGCGAGCACCUGCAAAAUCAUUAUUUGUCCAAAUGAUCAGUGACAACAAAUAAGAGUACCGGAACAAAAUUCCUCAUUAGUCGUCACAUCCCACAGUCUGUUAACAGACGCUAUGAUAUCAUUUGUGUUACGUGCGUCUGUCCACAAGAGUUUACUAGUACUGUUAUGUUACUGUUGUUAGAUAUUAUUUUCCAUAUGCAUCACUGUUAUUUUAUAUUUUGUGUUGUGUUGUAUAUAGAGUGUGACGGGGCUGCUAACAGACAGUGAGGAGGAGGACAGAGAGGACUACACCUGCGCUGUGUGCCUAGAUGUAUACUUAAGCCUCUAUAGCUGCAACCCCUGUGGCCACAUCUUUUGUGAGCCCUGCCUCCGCACGCUGGCCAAGAACAGGCCCGCCAACACCACCUGUCCCCUAUGCCGCACCCUCAUCUCACACACACUUUUCCAGAAAGGUGAGCUACGGUGUCAAUUUAGGGUGCAUACUCCUCCCAAUGGUUCCGUUAUUGAUAAUGACUAGUGUUUUCUCCAUACCUGUAAAUGGUACAGAAGCCCUUUGAAGAGAGUUUUAACUAAAUUUGUUUAAUUGCCUUUUGCUUUCAGAGCUUAACCAGUCAGCUAAGACUUUCUUCCCGAAGGUCUACCACACACGGAACUGUGCUAAAUGGCCUCUUCCCAACUGCCGAAAACGUUUCAGCAUCUUUUGGGGUGAGGUAUAUUGUGGAUGUGGAUAUAUUGUGUAUUGCUUGCAGUCAGUGGUGUAAAGUACUUAAGUAAAAAUACUUUAAAGUACUUAAGUAGUUUUGGGGGGUAUCUGUAUUUUACUAUUUCUAUUUUUGACAACAUUUACUUUUACUUCACUACAUUCCUAAAGAAAAUAAUGUACUUUUUCUCUAUACAUUUUCCCUGACACCCAAAAGUACUUGUUACAUUUUGAAUGCUUAGCAGGACAGAAAAGGGUCCAAUUCACAUUCUUAUUAAGAGAACAACCCUGGUCAUCCCUACUGCCUCUGAUCUGGCGGACUCACUAAACACAAAUGCUUCAUUUGUAAAUUAUGUCAGAGUGUUGGAGUGUGCCCCAGGCUCUCCGUAAAUUUAAAAAACAAGACAAAUUGUGCUGUCUGGUUUGCUUAAUAUAAGUAAUUUUAAAUGAUUUAUACUUUGACUUUUGAUACUUAAGUGUAUUUUAGCAAUUAUAUUUACUUUUGAUACUUAAGUAUAUUAGUAUUUUACUGGGUGACUUUCACUUUUACUUGAGUCAUUUUCUAUUAAGGUACCUUUACUUUUACUCAAGUAUGACAAUUGGGUACUUUUUCCACCACUGCUUGCAGUACAUAACUGAUUGUCUGUUUAAGUAUUAUUGUUGUGGGGUCUUGUAAGCUCUUAUGCAACAAACAUGUUAUAAUUAUCGUGUAACUAAUGAGUUUCUCACAAAAGGAAUGUCUCUUUUUGUUAACUAGCAUGCCAACCUUGAUCAGUUUCCUUAACAAUAACCCACAAUUGUAAAGGUGUAGACUAGGGUCUGUGUCUCUCUCUUCCUGUCUAUAUCCCAGGGUACCAGAUGCAUGUGGCUCCAGGGAGAUGGUGGCACUUUGCCCCAGCAGGUUUCACCCUGGAUGCCCUGGACCUGACCGACAUGGGCGGCUGGCUCUUCGACAUCGACCAUGUCAUCAUCUACAUCCACUCAGUCAACUGGAUACUGGCACUGCUG